AUGCAAACAACUGGACAACAUGCCAAGAAGAGUGGGAAUGAUGGGUUUAUGCAGUCAUUAGAGCAGAGUUUGACUGCUGCUACAAGAUUGUUGAAUCGCACUAGUAGACGCAGUCUGCAUGUAUCGGAAACUAUAGCCAACCAUCGUGAUAAGAGCAUAAUCACUCCGCCAUCAAUAAACAUCCCAGUUACUAUAGAUGAAUUACUGCCAGAAUCCAAUGCUAUUACCACAGCUUCAGUAGAUGCAUCGAUACCCUCAGUUGUUCAGAUGUCCACACCUGCAGAUUUAUUACAGACCACACUGAACCGAUUUAGAGAAUCUGCUGUUAUUCCUACCAAUUCAACAUCGCAUCAUCAUGAAACAUCUUUAUCCAGUGCUACAUCUCAAAUGCGAGAAUCUAUCAAAACUUCAACUCCAAAAAGCAAAAUAUCUAUCGACUCAUCGACUCACUCCAAAGCAAGUGUCAUUCAAGAUACAUCUCUAAAUAUAGAUUCUCCUGUUUACCAGCGUCGUCGUGUGCUGUCAUCCAAACAAAACAAUCCACUCGCAUCACAAAAACAAUCUAGUUCAAAAUCGGACACUGUUUCAAUUGAACGGGCUGAAAUGCAACUAUCAGAUCUGGAGCGUUUGCAAGAUCGAAUGCAUACCAUUCAUAGCAAAAUUCUUCAUCAGCAACAGUCUCUUAUUCAAACCCAGUCAGAAAAUGUCCACAAACAAGCUAGUUUACAAAUGGGAUAUAUGAAUACUUUGCAAGCGCGGCAGAGUCAGAGUCAGUUUAAUCAAAUGAGGCAAAUGAGAAAACUUUACACACAAGAGGCUGCUGCGUGGAUUGAAGAAGGAGAGGUGGCUGCUGAAAGGAUCGAGCAGUUGGAUCGUGCUAGAGCUAAACGGGAACAAAAAAUAUCAAUCAAGCCAAUAGACUCAUUGCCCUCAGCUGAUAUUCACUCCAAUAGAUCUUUUGUAAAUGAAGCGCAUGUAUUGGAUGCAAAAAAUAAGAUGCGCGGGUCCACAACGACUGUAACUCCUACACAUUCUCUUCAAGAUACAUCAGAUUUACAAAAACAAUCGCAAAAUACUAGUGCAGGUAUUGCGGAUCAAUUUGAAUCAAUUCCUUCAGAGCUUAAAGUGCAGUUGGAUACACUUCAUUCAGAGUUUAAUAGCGUUAUAAAAGCAGUCAACGUGCUACGCGAAGCAAUUACAUCUCAAAAAACCCAUUCUAAGGAACCAUACACGCAAGAAUCAGUUAAUGUAGAUACUAGAACAGCUGAUCAAAACAUAAUCACAUCGGAUAGUUUACAAGAUAUCAAGAAACUGCUACAGAUAUCGCCGCUGGAUGCAAUUCUGGCUGCUCGUCAAUCUGAUCGUCGUGAUUUGGAGUUGCGACAUCAAAAAAGAAACAUGGGUGCUUCUUUAGUUGUUAAUCAUAGUAGUACAGCAAAAAAUGGCGAAGUGGCUUCAAAUCAGUCACAACCGACUUUUUUAUCCACUGCAGAAACUCCAUUUCAAACAAAGGAGCGGUUCAACUACGCACAGGUCCACCAGCGCGUAGCCGAACUUGGAUUGAAACGAGAUGCGCUUUUGAAUGACUACCGUAAUGAUACUACUACUCCAGAUUACUUUCAAAACUCCAUCUCCAUGUUAGAAUCACAAUGGCUUAAAAAAAGUCAAUCAGAUGGAUUAUCAUCAACUCGGCUUAAUACUUUUGAUGAUGCUCAUGUCAAAGCGCAGGUGGAUAAAGCAAUUAGUCAAGUAGUAUUCAAACAAAAGUUUGAUGAAAUGCGCGGGCACAAACCCACAUUAUCAGUUCAUCCCAAGUCAGCAAUUCAAAGUAGAGUUGAGCCAAGUGCUGUUUUUAAAUCUACAAUUCAUUAUAGUGAGGACCUUGUACCAACCAGGAGUAGUCAGAAACGUGGGUCGUUAAAUACAAUAUCAGCAUUAGAAGAUCCAAACACAUUGCCCAUUCAGAAAAAUGCUACAUUCGUUCAAAAACAUUCAAUUCCUAAAUAUACAUUUAAAGAACCCAUGGCAAGUUUAAAUUUUCCUCAAUCAAAGCCAACCCCAAUAGUGCGUUCAUCAAAGCCCAUACACCAAUCAAAUAUGCCUUUACAAUCACGGCCUUUUGCUCAUCAGGAUCAGCUAGCGUCUGCGCUUGAGUAUCAGCAUCAAAUGACUCCUCCUCAGCCACAGCCAUAUCCAUCAACAGAACCAAGUCCAACUUCACCACUGCGCGCACUACAUUCUCAAAGAAUUGGUCAAUCUUCGCCAAGACCACCCAACUUUUACAACGUCAGACUUUCUAACGCACCCGUGUUUCUCAGACGUACUUCUAUUCGACCACCAAGUUUGUUGUUUCUGGAUCACACUGCAAAGAAACUGGACAAAGUGAAAGAUGCUUUACCACGUCAAAACUCCAGUCCAACUCGCACAAAAUCUAAUCAAUCACCCAUUGCUUUGCAGCAUAAGACUUUGGCAACAAUGACGGAUCCACAAUGUGUAGAUACACCAACCCAAACAUAUCCUAUUCCACCACAAGAACCAUAUAAUCCUAUCGAGUCUAUACGUAUAUUGAAUGAUUCUGUUAUUCAAGCGACUGUGAUGCAUGAUAAGAGCCAGGAAACAAUGCCAAUAAUGGUUAGCUUAGGAACUCAAGUCAGUCCGUCUGUUUCUAUACAUACCCAUCCUACUAAAAAUCUGAAUAUCACUACUCGUACCGUUCCUGCGUCUACAAAAUCUACUGGUGUGCAACAUUCUAGUCCUGAUUGUAAUGUAUCAGUUCAAUAUAGCACUCCAGACGAAAGCAGUAGCGAAUCGUGGAUAAAUACCGUUUCUGUAUCUCGGCCAUUGGUACCUGCACAACAAAAAAGAGCACGACAGUCUAAAUCUCGGGAUGACUUUUUACUCCAGCAGAAUACGCUAAAAUUGAUCAACAAGGAUUAUAAUGACGAUCAGCUGGAACGACGUAUCGCAGAAUGGAUCCAAAACGAGGUUUUGUUAAAGAUGCUAGUCAAACCUACUUUGAAUGCAUCUUCCAUAAAGUCUGUUGAGCCUGUUGUUGAAGCGCAAGUUCAAACUGAGCCAUUUGUUGCCACACCUAUACCUGAGCAAGUAGAGAAGCUACAGUCACCUCAGCUUACCAAACACUUUUCACAAAUCACUCAAACCGAGUGUUUACAGAUAAAUUCAUCCGAUUCACCCGAUUCAGUCGUUGUAAUAGAUGCUGCAGCAGAGUCUUUGCAUUCUGACAGUUUAAUCCCAAAAUACCAAUUUAAAGCCGUGGAUAUUCAAAAUUAUAUAGAAGAUUUGAUUACAAAAAUUACAGAACUUGAACUCUCCACUAUAACCAUACAGGCAAUCCAAGAAACCAAUCAAGAGAUGGCAGAGGAGGCUUUAUGGCUUGAUGCACAGGAAGCACGAAAACAAGAGUUGGCUGAAAUGGAACGAAAAUGCGAACAGGCGAAAUUGGAACGAGAAAAACUAAUGCAAGAGAUGGAACGGCUCAAAACUGAUAUAACAUUAAAGCGAGAAAGAGCUGAAUUGGACGAGAUUGAGCGGAUAGAGCGAGUAAGUGCUGAAAAAAUCGCACGGGAGGCAGAAACUGAACGUAAUAGGGUAAAGACCAUUGCCAAUAAUGCUGAAGAACAGGCAAUGCGAUUGGAAAGUGAAUGGCGUCGUCAAAUGGAAGCCGACAUGUUAAAACGGAUCGAUGCUGAACAUAAAAUUUCUGCAAACCAGUUGGCAGAGGACCAAGAUUUGCGUGACAGACUGAAGCGAAUAGAAGAGUCAUUGAUGCAAAACAACAUUGAAAAACCAGCACAGUUACCUAUAGUUGGCGAUGCAUGCACUUUAGAGUCGGCUGUGAUGGAUUCAUCCACCUCUGAUACAGAUACACGCGAACCAAUAAUAAGCGCCGACUCGUCUGGAUCAGUUGUACAGUCGCAGGCACAUUCACAGAAUAGUUCUCAUUCUUGCGCUGACACGUCUGCGCCAAUAGUUUCUACAACUGAGACAACAUCAAUAGGGUUUAGUGUUUUGUCAACAAAUCCUUCUGAAGGGGAGAUAAUGACUGGAGUUUUCAGUGAGGGUGAAGUGGUUGGAAACUUGACUAGACAAGCCAUCAACUUGAUUGUUCAUCAAGAUCAGCAAGGCAAUUUACCUUCUGACUUGGACAGCACGUCCUAUGGCGGAAUGAAAUCUGAAAUUCAAGAUAUACCGACUACUACAGCAAAUCAAAUCAAAUCAACCGAGCCGAAUCAAACAAUUCAGUUUGAUUUACCAGAUUCAGAUUCGAAUUUACUUGCAAAUUCGUCGUCUAAUCAUACUACCUCGAGUGGUCAAGUAGCAUCUCCUGGAGAAAUAUCUGUUCUUGAAACUCCUGAAAUCACUUUGUCAAGAUCAAGUCCAACGGAACUGUCGUUAAAACAUCCGAGUAGUGUAGCAGCUACACGUUUUGUUGAUAAACCAGUAUUACUUUCCAAUCCAGCCAUUGAUAGACCAGACACUCAAUCAAGUCAAUCAGGUAGUUCUUUGGAUUAUUUAACUCAACAGAAGCCUCAAGUCCCGAAUUCAUUGCAAGCACAUGAUUCAAAUUUACCCCAGUCAUCAUUCAAUGAUUCAACACCCACAAGUUCACUUACAGAGAUACUUUAUGUGCCAAGCAAUCCUGUUCAACUUUUGAACGAGUCUCGACAGCAUUCAGUGUUUCCACCAACAGUGAACGUGCCUAUUUCAGUAGAUACUGCCAACUUAUCCAGCGCGAGUUUGUCCGUGGAUAAUAAACUUGACAUGACAUAUGAUCAACAAACAACGGUUGGACAAGUUACGAUGAUGGAGACUGGCUCAAUUGAUGAAAUAUACCGCCCUUCCAUUUCUACCACAACACACCAGCAGAUUUCAUCAAUUCUUGUCAACACAAAGCCCAAAAGUGAUGGCACUGAUAUGGCCAACCACGAUCAGCUUGGUACCAAUUCCAUAUCACCUAAUGAACCACUAGAGAGCAUGAAUGAAAGUAGUGUCAUAGAUCCACAUCAGUCAAGUCAAUCGGAAUCUCAGUCUCAUUUGCCACUGCCGACACGAUUGAUAACAAAUGACGAAAGUAUAUUUUCUACAAAUCAGUCAACAUCGUCAUUCAGCAGACGUACCCAGCAACACCUUCUUCCUGACCCAUUUGAAGUUAUGAGUGGGUUUGAUUCAGAGAAUUCUAAUAGAGAUACUGAGCAAGAACUAUACCAGUUUAGUGAAACAACUCCUUUUAAAACAAGUAGAUCUCGGCUACCGAUAUCUACCAAAGAUUCGACUACUGGAUCACCACCAGAUUCUCACUCGCACUCCAACACUCAUGAAGAUCUAUCAGUCACGUUUGAACGAAUAUCUGCGAUUGAAACGGGUCACGAAGCUGUAGAUGCGUAUGGUAUACAUGAAGAUAGUUCCGAGUCGCUCAAUCUGUCUUGA